CACAAGCAUGGCUAGCUCAUAAUCUUCUCCACUCAUGAUUUUCUCCGAUCCACUCACCACCUUCAAUUCUUAUCCGCUCAUCAUCUUUUCUGAUGCGCUCAUCAUCUCUUACGAGAGUACGAGGUGUUGCGAGUGGCUUAUGGUGGCAAUACUUUCUUCUUCCCCCAUCAUUUCCGUGAUGGCGGUGAGCUGUAAGCAGUGAGCGUUGAGGGAGCAUCGACGAGAAGCGAGUCUAGAUCAGAUAUGGUGGUUGGAGUAAAGUAGCUCCUCCUCCUCCUCCUCUCUGGUUCGAUCUCUCGCUUCCCCCCUCUUUUGUUUCAUUGCAGGUCCCUAUUGAAAAACUCGAGAUGCUUAGUUUCUUCUUUGUUUGUUUAAGAAAUGCCAAAUUUUACGCCAUCAAAGUGGCAUUAUUACUCUUCAAAAAUGUCAUAUUUUACUUUGAAUAAUAUGUCAUUAAGAUGACACGUACUUACCUAGUACUUCCUCCGUCCCAAUUUGUUUUGCAAAGUCAACAAUUUUUGGUCAACCAAUAAUAAAAGUCAACCCUCCGUAUGGAUAAUUAAUUCAAUUUUUAAUAAUUAAAUUUACAUAUUCAAAAACUACAUCAAAAUCUCUUCAAAGUUGUAAACUCCAAAUUAGAAUAUGAUUAAAAAAUGACAUCCUAAUUAAAUGAACACAGCGAGACUGUUUGACUAAGAAAAGUCAGAUUUGCAACUCUUUUUGAGACGGAGGUAGUAUAUAUUAUUGUUUCAAGUUGACAUUCUGACAAAAAUGUUAGCAUCUUUCCCCAAGGAGGCCACAGCAAAAGAUGCCAUCAUUUUCCAAUAUGAUUUUUAAUAAAAACAUCUUUUUAAUAUUGAAAUAUGUCAAGGAUAGAAUUGACAGGGUACUGAUGGACAGUGUACCCGGGGUAGCUUAUCCGAAGGAUUACUGCGGGAAUAACCUAGAGAGAAAUCAGAGCAAACAAGUAGGAGAGAGAGACGAUUAUAUUUAUGAACUCGAGAUGUUCUGGUGCUUUACAAUGGGGAAAGGGGGUGCUAUUUAUAGUAGCAAUAAAUGCGAUGAGAGUACACGUGGCGAUAAUCUAACGGUCGAGGGGUCACCUCAAUCGGGGUGGCACCGGCAAUCGCACGUUCACCGCAUUAAAUGCGGUGGGUGGAUGUGACGUCGCAUUAAAUGCGGUGGUUGGCUGUCUCCAAAGGGAAUCUUCGACGAUUGAGUCUGUUUAGCCGAAGGCUCUUUAUGCAGCCGAGGGCUUCGUGUGGCCGAAGGCUCUGUUCAGCCGAAUGCUUCUCUGAUGCCGAGGGCUCAACAGUGCCGAAGGCUUCUGUUUUCUGCCAUUUUCUCCCAGUAGUUUUGCAUCCCCGAAUCCGGCUGCCCUGCGUAAUUUGGAUCCUUCGGCCAUAUUGCCGAAGGCUACCUUAGGCGCAGUUCGGGCUCCCUUGAGCUUGUGCCGCUGCGUUUUGGGCCUCCUGAGCUUCUUGGGCUUGUUAGGCCUGUGAUAGAGUAGUAGGAGUCUGUGGACCGGGGGUUCCUGGGCCAUAUACUCCAUCAAGUACUAAUUAGUACUUACUCAUAUUAUAGAAAUUUAAAAUGUGUGGUCCUAUAUUUCGUGAAUCAAAUUAUUGCCAUCCCG